CGCCGGGGAGACCCGGGGCUCCGGGCUCCACACGAGCUCCAAGCCGGGACAGCCACCCUACCCUACCCGACCCGCACCCCAGGGCAGGGCUGGGCUGGCGGCUGCGCCUGUCCCGCUGGGCUUCCGCGCCCGGGGUGACCCCUGCCCCUCCCCCCGCCAAGCCCCCGCCCCAGUCCCCGCCGGGGGACGCCCCCUCCCCCGCCCGCGCGUCGCAGCCCGCGGCCUCCCCGCCUCCCGCCCCCGGGGAUCCCCUGCCGCCCCGCCCACCCGCGGGAAAGCCUCCGACCUUCGCCCUCCCUCCCCCGCGCCGCCUGGCCCGCGCUCCUCCCGGCGCCCCUAAAGAAGCUAAACGUGCCCUACUCUGCCCCGGGGAGAGCACACGGAUUAAUUGAUGGAUGUUAAGUUUAUGGAGCUACGUUUCUGUGACCUGCUCUUCUUACAGUUUCUAAGAAGGAAAAGGGGCCCCUGAAUCACAGAAGAUGCCUCGAACUAAACAGAUUCAUCCCAGAAAUCUACGAGACAAAAUUGAAGAAGCACAAAAAGAACUUAAUGGGGCAGAAGCAUCAAAAAAAGAAAUCUUAGAGGCUGGUAUUAAAGGAACUUCAGAAUCGCUUAAAGGUGUGAAACGAAAAAAGAUUGUAGCUGAGAAUCACCUGAAAAAAAUACCAAAAUCCCCACUGAGAAAUCCUCUUCAAGCAAAACACAAACACAACACACAAGAGCCCUCUUUCGCUGUCCUUCAGAGUGCUUCAGAGUCUCACAAGAAACAGAACCAUAGUCCUGUGAAAAAUGGGAAGCAGGUUACCAGACAAAAUGGAGAGACACCCGGGAUAACUGCCGAGGCCUCUAAAUCUGAAGAAUGUGUCUCCCCAAAGAAGCCCUUGGCUCUGCAGCACCCGUCUGAAGCGCGCAGGUGGAGGUCGGAAGGCUCUGACCCCGCCAAGUUAAAUUUGCCAGAUGGAAAAUGUGACUCGAGUUCUCUGUCAGGUACAGCCAGGACUGACCAUAGUGAAUGUAUCUCCUCUAACUGUAGUCCUGCUUCCCCCUCGUACACGAACACCGCGUUUGAUGUCUUACUGAAAGCAAUGGAGCCAGAACUGAGCACCUUGUCACAAAAGGGCUCACCUUGUGCAGUUAAGAUAGAAAAACUGAGACCAAAUAAAACUGUACGAUCCCCUUCUCAGUUGAAAAACAGCUCAAUGGAUGCCCCAAACCAGACUUCGCAAGAAUUUGUUGCUGAAUCAAAGUCUUCUUGUACCUCAUAUACAGCGCAUGUGUCUGCUGCUCAGAAGAAUGAGCAAGCAGCCGUUCAGUCAAUUUCUCAUUCAUAUAAUCAACACGAACACUUUGUUUCUAAAUCUAACCAACAAAAUCAACAGCUUCCAGCGUCUUCAGGUUUCCCAAGAUCCCUGACGAACCCGCACGAUCAAGAGAACGCCAGACUUGGACAGGUUUAUAAUACAGCCGUGACGUCAUCAACUUCACCUUCCGGUAGAACUCAGGUUACUCCUCAAAACCAGCAAAUGGAUUCUGCUUCACCCAUGUCAAUAAGUCCAGCCCAUUCUACACAGUCACCCCCCACCCCGGUUUAUAAUUCAACUCCUGUCGCCUCUGUUGUUAAUCAUAGCGUAGAACAAAUGUGCAAUCUUCUUCUGAAAGAUCAGAAGCCAAAAAAACAAGGAAAGUAUAUUUGCGAGUAUUGCAAUAGAGCUUGUGCAAAGCCUAGUGUGCUUUUAAAGCACAUCCGCUCCCACACCGGAGAGCGACCCUAUCCCUGUGUGACCUGUGGAUUUUCGUUUAAGACUAAAAGCAAUCUGUACAAGCACAAAAAAUCCCACGCACAUACUAUCAAACUGGGUCUUGUCUUGCAACCAGAUGCUGGUGGUUUAUUUUUGUCACACGAGUCCCCCAAGGCACUUAGUAUCCAUUCAGAUGUAGAAGACAGUGGGGAGAGCGAUGAGGAGGGUGCUGCUGAUGAAAGACACAAUGAGCCUGGCUCCGUGGACCUGCAGCCUGUGCAGAUAAUGAAAAUGCUAUCAAAUUCUGAAGUUUUACCAAAAUCAAGUUCCAUUCCAGGCAAUCCAGAUCAUGUGGUAGGUGACUUGUCAUUACAGGCCAAAUCUUCAGAAUCACAAGCUGUGACAGAGUUACCAAAAGUUGUGGUCCAUCCCAUCAAUGUGUCCCCUUUGAGGGUUGACAGUCCAAAGGUUACGGAUUCCAAGCCUGAACUUUCUAGUGCACAGAAACAGAAGGACCUUCAGGCAACCAGCAUACUGUCACUUUCAGCUUGGGCGUCCUUUCUAGAGACUGAUGAGAAGUCCCGUCAGAAAGGGGACAUGAGUCAGCCAGAAGGAAAACAGGAAUCUCACGUGGGAACAGUACAUGCCCAACUACAAAGGCAGCAGGCCACUGAUUACACCCAAGAGCAACAAGGAAAACUGCUGAGUCCUCGAAGUUUAGGAAGUACAGACUCUGGGUAUUUCUCACGUUCUGAAAGUGCUGAUCAAACAGUGAGUCCACCAACUCCUUUUGCUAGAACGUUACCCACCACGGAACAAGACUCAAGUAAGAAUAAUGGGCCCCCUGCACCUCGUAUCAAUACACCAGCGCCUUCCACUCUGCCAGCAGGUGAAAAAGCAUUGCUCUUACCGGGUCAGAUGCGCCCGCCUCUGGCAACAAAAACACUUGAAGAACGGAUAUCAAAGCUCAUCUCCGACAAUGAAGCCUUGGUAGAUGAUAAGCAACUGGAUAGUGUAAAGCCACGGAGAACCUCUCUCUCACGACGAGGAAGUAUCGAUUCCCCCAAAUCGUACAUAUUUAAGGAUUCUUUCCAGUUUGACUUAAAACCUAUGGGACGGAGAACAAGUUCCAGCUCUGAUAUACCAAAGUCCCCUUUCACCCCUACUGAGAAAUCAAAGCAAGUGUUUCUUCUGUCUGUACCUUCCCUUGACUGUUUGCCCAUUACAAGAAGUAAUUCUAUGCCCACCACAGGUUAUUCAGCUGUACCUGCAAACAUAAUACCUCCCCCGCAUCCUCUGAGAGGAAGUCAGUCAUUUGAUGACAAAAUGGGCACUUUCUAUGAUGAUGUCUUUGUAUCAGGACCUAACACUUCUGUGCCCCAAAGUGGACAUCCGCGUACCCUUGUCAGACAAGCAGCAGUGGAAGACUCGUCAGCAAAUGAGAACCAUGUCGUCGGGAUUGGACAGUCCUUGGAUGAGAGCUAUCAGGGAUGCGGUGCCACUAGUGAGCCCGUGUCAGCAAGGAACAAGCCAUUGGCGCCAGGCUCACAUUUAGAAAAAAAGAAGUCUCAUCAAGGGCGAGGGACAAUGUUUGAGUGCGAAACCUGUAGAAACAGGUACAGAAAACUGGAAAAUUUUGAAAACCAUAAGAAAUUUUACUGUUCAGAGUUACACGGACCAAAAACAAAGGUGACUAUAAGAGAACCUGAACACAGCCCCAUGCCUAGCAGUACCCAACCUCAGAUUCUGCACUACAGAGUUGCUGGUUCCACAGGGGUCUGGGACCAGAUGCCCCAGAUAAGAAAAAGGAGGAAGAUGAAAAGUGUUGGAGAUGAUGAUGAACUUCAGCAAAAUGAUAGUGGAGCUUCUCCCAAAAGCUCCGAAGGCCUUCACUUCCAGAAUACUCUGGGCUCUGCCUCCAGUUUGUCAAAACAUAAUGUUGCCAUAACAGGUGACCAGCAGCAUAGAAAUAUUCAGUUGCAAAACUCCCAAAUUCAGCUUGUUGCCAGAGGCUCCGACCAGAGCGUGGAUCCAAAGCUGUCCACUAUCGUGGAGCAACAGAUAAGUUCAGCUGCCCAGGACAAGGGAGAGCUGAAGAGACAUGGGACUGGCAUCUCAGUCAUCCAGCAUACAAACUCGCUGAGCAGACCCAGUUCAUUUGACAAGCUUGAGUCUUUUGAAAGAGGUUCCCCAGUUUCUUUCCAGGAGCUGAGUAGAACCGUGAAGGCUGGGUCUCUGACAGUAAUAGGAAUUUCCCAGGAGGAAGGUCACCCUUCUCGGGGCACGUCUCAUCCUCCCCAGCCUGCGCUAUCAGAUGCUCUUAGAGGAGAACUUCAGGAAGCUUCAAGAAAGAUUUCAAGUGAACGACAUCUGUUGGGACAGCCCUCAAGACUUGUUCGGCAGCCCAACAUCCAAGUCCCAGAAAUUCUGGUCACUGAGGAGCCAGAUCGGGACCUUGAAGCCCAAGGCCACGAUCAGGAGAAAUCAGAGAAGUUCAGUUGGCCUCAGCGUAGUGAAACCUUGUCAAAAUUGCCGACAGAGAAACUACCGCCCAAAAAGAAGAGGCUCCGUCUUGCUGAGAUAGAGCAUUCCUCCACUGAGUCCAGUUUUGAUUCCACUCUCUCCAGGAGUCUAAGUCGGGAGAGUAGUUUGUCUCAGACUUCGAGUUUCUCAGCUUCGUUAGACGUAGAGGACAUUUCUAAAACUGAGGCUUCCCCCAAAAUCGAUUUUCUAAAUAAAGCAGAGUUUCUCAUGAUUCCAGCUGGCUCCAACACACUUAAUGUUCCUGGAACUCACCGGGAAAUGAGGCGUGCUGCAUCAGAACAGAUUAACUGCAUGCAGACAUCAAUGGAGGUCUCUGAUUUCAGAAGUAAAUCGUUCGACUGUGGAAGCAUAACUCCACCUCAGACAACACCGCUCAUUGAAUUGCAGCCUCCAACAUCCCCUUCCGGUAUGGGGGUCCCCGGGCACGUGCCUCUCUUAGAAAGAAGGAGAGGCCCACUGAUACGGCAGAUAUCUUUAAACCUAGCUCCAGAUAGUCAUCUGUCUCCUGUGAACCCAUCAUCUUUCCAAACUGUUGCUCUUCCCAGUGUGAAUGCAGUGCCAUUCCAGGGGCCUCAGCUCCCUAAUACACCGUUAGCUGAGUUUCCUACAAAUACAUUGCACUCCCAGACUCACGUUAAAGAUCUGCGAACAGAAACUUCAAAUUCCAACUCUACUAACAUCUUUCCUGUUCAACAGCUUUUUGGUAUCAAUUUGUUAAAUCAAAUCCAUGCACCCCUUAGCCACCAAAACACACAGAUUUCUCUGCAAGUGUCUGCACAGAGUGUCAAACCAGAUGCAAGUCCCAGUUCCUGUGUAUCUUCUAAAAGUGAGGAUUGCUUUGCUCCCAAGUACCAACUUCAGUGUCAGGUUUUCACCUCAAGCCAGUCUUGCUCUUCCAGUCCUGUACAUUCUUUGCCAAAGCAAGUUCUUUCAGAUCCAGUUGGGGCCAACUGUUGUGCAGCUUCAUUAGCCUUACCAACCAAAUUAGUAGAUGCCGUGUCUAAUUCAUGUCCUCCACCGCCACUGAAGCUCGGGCCCCUCAGUGGUCAGGGGCAGAAGGUGCCGACAUCAUUUCCGCUGCCUGUGCAUCUGCAGGGUAAUGUCCCAGCGUACUGUUUUGCCACAGUCACACCUCUGCCACAAAUCCUGGUGACCCAAGAUCUAUCCAGUCAGCCAACUUGCCAGGCUAAUCGUAGUAUGGUGCCAAUCAGCGAAGAGCAAAACUCCAUGCCAAAAUCACAAAAAGAUCACCAGAGUGCUUUGCCAAACCCAGGGGAGGAACUUGUUUCCAAAAGUGUUUUUUCAGAGAUGGGCCAAAGUUGUUCUCUGUCAGAAUCCUUGCCCAUAACUCAGAAAAUGUCUAUCGGUAGACUUUCCCCCCAACAGGAAUCUUCAGCUUCAAGUAAAAGGAUGCUUUCCCCAGCAAAUAGUUUAGACAUUGCCAUGGAAAAGCACCAAAAGCGAGCUAAAGAUGAAAAUGGAGCUGUUUGUGCAACAGACAUCAGACCGUUGGAACCCUUGAGUCCAAGAGCUAAUGAAGGUCAUAAACAGAAGAAACCUGUUUUGGUGAGGCAAGUGUGUACUACAGAGCCUCUUGAAGGUGUGAUAUUGGAACAGGAUAUUUUUUCUCACUCUGAAAUUAGUAGCGAGGCUGUUAAUUUGACAGAUGUUUUACCAGCUGAUAAUUUAUCAUCAGGACCCUGUAAGCCUGUGGUUAUAGAACCUAUAAAAGAAUUGCAAGAAUUUGAAAACAUCAAGUCAUCCGCAUCGCUAACUCUUACAGUUACAAAUUCACCUGUCCCUUCAGAAAAUACUCACAUUUCUCCUUUGGAAUGUAUAGACAACAACCAAGAAAGGAAGUCUCCAGGGGUUAAAAAUCAAAGUGACAAAGUGAACAUUCAAGAACAAAGUCAGCCUACAGCUACCACUCUUGCGGUGUUUGAUGCUGGAGACACGCAGCAGCCGUCCUUCCCCAGCCUGAAAACCACAACCAACUUUACGUGGUGUUAUCUGUUGAGACAGAAGGCAUUGCAUUUGCUACAGAAUGACCAGAAAACUUCGGCCUACACUGAUUGGACCGUGAGCGGUAGUAAUCCAAAUCCACUCGGUUUGCCUACAAAAGUUGCUCUUUCUCUCCUUAAUUCAAAACAGAAGACUGGAAAAUCACUAUAUUGUCAAGCAAUAACUACGCAUUCCAAAUCAGAUUUAUUGGUCUAUUCAAGCAAGUGGAAAAGCAACUUAAGCAAGAGAGCAUUAGGUAAUCAAAAGUCCACAGUAGUUGAAUUCAGCAAUAAAGAUGCCUCUGAAAUUAACAGUGAGCAAGAUAAAGAAAAUUCCUUAAUCAAAAGUGAACCAAGAAGAAUUAAAAUAUUUGAUGGAGGAUAUAAAUCAAAUGAAGAGUAUGUGUAUGUCCGAGGCAGGGGAAGAGGAAAGUACAUUUGUGAAGAAUGUGGAAUACGUUGUAAGAAACCCAGUAUGUUAAAGAAACACAUACGAACCCAUACCGAUGUCCGCCCCUACCACUGCACUUACUGUAACUUCUCCUUUAAGACUAAAGGAAAUCUGACAAAACACAUGAAGUCCAAGACACAUAGCAAGAAAUGUGUGGAUUUAGGCGUCUCAGUAGGUUUAAUAGAUGAACAAGAUACAGAAGAAUCAGAUGAAAAACAAAGAUUCAGUUACGAGCGGUCUGGAUAUGAUCUUGACGAAUCUGAUGGCGCAGAUGAGGACGAUAAUGAAAACGAAGAUGACGAUGAAGACAGCCAGGCUGAAUCAGUCCUGUCGGCAGCUCCCUCCAUCACGGCCAGCCCGCAGCAUCUUCCGUCGAGAAGUAGCCUGCAGGACUCUGUGAGUGCAGACGAAGACGUCAGGAUUACCGAUUGCUUUUCUGGGGUGCAUACGGACCCGAGGGACGUUCUGCCCAGAGCGCUGCCCACCAAGAUGACCGUGCUGAGCACAGUGCAGUCGGACUACAGGACGGAGACACAGUCUCCGGCGAAGAACGGGCAGCAGGCUGCAGGCGACGAAGAUGCGGCAGCUACUCCUGCAGACUCCUCCAGGUCCCCUGAAGCGGCCCCCAGGUCCCCGUGUCAGCAGAUGUCUGUGGACUACCCUGAAUCAGCAGAAAUACUGAGAAGUUCUGUGGCAGGAAAGGCCGUAGCUUUAACACAGAACGCAUCGUCUGUCAGCCUUCCUGCUCCCGCAGCUGAGCGCAGCCCUGAGACGGCAGCAGGGCUCCCUCCCUUGGCCUCGCCUCAGCCCGACACUCAAGAACACAAGCAGCACAUAGCUCUCCAGCCGACUCCAGGCCUGCCUUCUCCCCACACUCAUUUGUUCAGCCACCUCCCUCUGCAUUCCCAACAGCAAUCAAGGACACCUUAUAAUGUGGUUCCAGUUGGGGGCAUCCACGUGGUUCCUGCUGGCCUCACAUAUUCCACGUUUGUACCCAUUCAGGCUGGCCCAAUGCAGCUCACUUUCCCUGCCGUCAAUGUCAUUCACCGAACUGUGGGCACUCCUGGGGAUACGAUCACGGAAGUUUCUGGCACUACAAACCCCACUGGAGUGGCUGAAUUGAGCAGUGUCGUGCCAUGUAUUCCCAUUGGCCAAAUCCGUGUGCCAGGCCUUCAGAACCUGGGUACGCCGGGCCUGCAGCCGCUUCCUUCGCUGGGCAUGGAGGCCGUGAAUAUCCUGGGCCUGGCCAACGCCAGCCUCGGCCCGCAGGUGCACCCGCCGGGGCUCGCUCUGAACGCCGUGGGCCUGCAGGUGCUGGCCGCAAACCCCUCCUCGCAGAGCAGCCCCGGCGCACAGGCGCACAUUCCGGGCCUCCAGAUCCUCAACAUAGCCUUGCCCACUUUAAUCCCCUCCGUUAGUCAAGUGACCGUUGACGCCCAGGGAGCGCCCGAAAUACCCGCCCCCCAAGCCAGAGCGCGCGAGGCGCCACCCGAGCCGCCUGCCGUGGCCACUGCGACUCAGGGCAGCAGGACCGCGUCUCCUCAGGGCUCCCCUCAGGUCCCGCGGGCAAAUGCUAACAAAGUGCUAGAGCCGCCCGCCCCCGCGAGGGACCACGCGAGCCUCCAGGGCUCGAGUGAGAUGGACACGGGGAAGGCGGCCUCCGUGAAUCAUGUGAAGCUCAAGCAGGAGCCCCCUUGUGUUCAGGGCCAACCAGCAGCCGCGGCAGAGCGUCUGCGGAAGGCGCGUCCAGAAGCUUCCACAGAGCCGUCGGGCCCGCACACUCUCCCUCCAGACAGACAGGGGCCCCGGCCCGCAGCGCUGCCCCGCAGGCAGGCCACUGCUCAGUUCAGUGACGUGAGCAGCGACGACGACGAAGACAGGCUUGUGAUAGCAACCUGGUAGCUUUUUAUUUUUUAGGGUUUUUUUGUUUUGUUUUCUAUAACACUUAAAGGUUUCUUUGAAACCCCUCCUUUCCUUAAAGCACAUUUUUCUGACAUGAACUCAUGACUAAUCUUUGUGCAAUCAUGAACUUUUGACCAAUAAUUGUUGUUUUGUGUCAGCUCCAGCCAUUUUUGUACAUGUUGUAUAGACAAUUGUGCCUUUUAGGAGUUUUAUGUUUAGAAACUGUACAGACUGUUGAAUAUCUAUAUACAUAAAAUAUAUAUUAUAUAUGUAUAUGAAAACUAGGUAGUUAUUUGUGUUUAGUGAGAAAAACCUGUCAAAUAAAUCAAAUGAUUAAAUUAUAUGUUGCACUGUUAAAUAUGAAUUUUUAUGGCUGUGGGGCAGAGUUUCUAUGUAUAAAUUAGUAUGUAUACUCCAUAUUUAUUGUAUUCAUAUUAGUCUUUGAAAAUGGGUCUGUCCUUCUUGUGUAAGACAGUAACUUUACACUUCAGACAGAUUUUCUGUGUUCUGAAAUGUUUCAGUAAAACAUUGUUUACUGACUUUA